AAUAGAGUUGAGGUUAAGUUGAGAUUGUAAUUAUUAUUUAUAUAAUAAUUAUUGUUGUAAUUAUCAUUAAUUAUUAGAAUCGUCGAAAAUGGCUACAGAUUUAGAUAAUUUCGUUAAUCAUACCGUUUCUAUUAUUACUUCGGAUGGGCGUAAUUUCAUUGGGACGCUAAAAGGGUUCGAUCAAACCAUCAAUAUCAUCAUCGAUGAGUCCCACGAGAGGGUUUAUUCCACAACUACGGGUAUAGAACAAGUCAUGCUUGGGUUACACAUCAUCAGAGGGGAUAACGUUGCGAUAAUCGGAUUAGUUGAAGAAGAAUUGGAUAACCGCCUGAACUUAUCAAGCAUAAAAGCAGAGCCUUUAAACCCUGUAGUUCAUUAAUUAUCUCAAAUAAAAACUAAUUACAAA